GUGAGCACGUCUAUGAAAACAACGCUGAUUUGUAUUCAUUUUGCACGGAGGGGAUCGGGACCUUUGUGGUGUUCAUUUGCAUGUAUUUGCUUGAAGAACGAUCAGAUUGCUUGACUUAUAGGCGGCAUGAGGAAUUUGCUUUUAGACAUGUUGUAAAACUGGGACAGAAUGAUUUGAUUUUCAUACUAAAAUCAAACAUGGCAAAAAAGAAAAAGGUUCGUCCUGCACAAAACCCCAGCAAAAACCUGCAGAAUAAUAAAGUGGCUGUAGUACCCAACACUUCUGAAGAGAACAAAGAGAAAAUUGAGUCCCAUGAUUCAGGCAAAACUGAAAAAUCUAUCACAAUCUAUCAAAAGAAAGAAAUCGACACAUGUCAUUCCUUUAAAGAUGCUGUUGUUAAAGAGCAAGAACUUAAGCCCAGUACAAAUAAAAUCAAAGCUAACAUUGAGAAGCCAGCUUAUGCAAAUGGCGUGGAACCAGACGAGUCAUACGAUGAUGUGUUCAAAGUCCCCCUACCUCCCCAGCCCCAGACAUCGGGCUUGCAGGAAGAGUCAACUGGGAAGAAAUCAACCAAGAAGAAAAAAAAGCCCCGUUCCAAACAGGAUUUGGACGAUCAGAUGGAAACAUCACACAGGCUGUACAAGAAACGGAUCAAGGACCCUAAACUCAUUCAUAGAAUAGUAGCUUAUUUAGAUACUGUCCCUAACAAAAACUUCAUAAGCAUACCCUCAAUGGCUGAGUACCUCCAGAACCGAUACCAUGACUACUCCAGAAAGAAAAAGGGUCCCUUCCGAGAGUAUGUUGACAAAGCGUAUGCUGUGUGGGAGAAAAACGGAGGCAAGGCCAAAAAUAACCGGGCAGAAAAACAUAAGGGGAAGAAAGGAACUGUCCCCAACGACCUGAGACUUGAGCCUGAUGAUGAAGCCCUGGAGUUCGCUGACUCUGACUCUGAUGGGGACAUCCAGUAUGACUCCUCACAGGGAGAUGACGAUGUGGAGGUAGAUGAGACCCAACAAGAUGACGAAGAAAUGAACCCGGGCACAAAUGCUGUCAACAACAUGAUGUCAAAUCUGUAUAAGAACAGUCCACACCAUUUAUAUAAGAGUAAGGAAGAGUCAGAAAGUAGAGGUCUGAAGAGAAAACACGGAAAGGAAGAUCAUGGAAACAAGGGCCAUGUAAAACCUGAGUUUGCUUUACUAGAUGAUGAAGUAGAAGAACUUGAAGAUAAGAUGGAUGAAGAUGAAGAAGAUUCAUUGUAUAAUGAAAUAACAUCAAAAAUCUUGUAUCCCAGCCCGAAUGCACUGCAUCGAAACUUAAGCUCUACUGGUUUGGUAGGGCCACGCAGAACUCAAUUUGAUAAAUACUUCUUAGAUAGGAAAGGAGAUUCACCGAAGAAAGGGGAAAACUCACAACCUAUUUCCAGAGAUACAAAUAUCAAGAAGUUUUUAGGGGCACUUCCUUCCAGAACCUCUUACAGUGCUUAUGUAAACAGCAAAUCUGACCCACGGACAAAAUCUGGGACGUUGUAUCGUGUGCAACUAGAUGACAACAUAACAGAGGAUCCGAGCAGGAUACACAGUGGUAUCUCUGAUGAGAAUCAAGGUAUAUCUGGUACGCCUCCCCAGUCCCCAGACCCAACAGUGGAAGUAAUGGACACUUCAACUGUUCAGGACAUCCCAGACCCCAGACUGACCUCACACACCACUGUAGGACCAGGGACUGGCCCAGGGGGGGACAACAGACUGGUGGUUGUUGACCAGUCUGCAAGGGAUAGAAAAGGGUCAAAGACACCAAAGCCAUCCAGGAGGAGCAGCAAGAGGGUGCGCAGAAAUAACGGGGGAGGCAGUGACACAGAGCCUGAUGGCAAGCAGGAGAAACCUGACAAAGGUCUAGAAGUGCAGAAGUCAACUGUAACCUUUGCUGAUGUUGGAGGCAAUGAGAAAUGUCUAACGGAGAUCUGUAAGUUGCUGGUACACAUGCGUCAUCCAGAGGUUUAUCAGCAGCUGGGCGUGACCCCACCCCGAGGAUUUCUUCUACAUGGUCCCCCUGGCUGUGGCAAGACUCUACUCGCCAAUGCCAUUGCUGGGGAGUUGGACCUUCCUUUGAUAAAGCUUGCUGCCACAGAGAUCGUGUCUGGUGUGUCCGGUGAUUCUGAGGAGAAGAUAAGAGACCUCUUUGAGAAAGCUCAGCAAACAGCUCCAUGUGUGAUUUUCAUCGAUGAGAUUGAUGCAAUAACACCGAAACGUGAGACAGCCUCCAAGGAUAUGGAAAGACGAAUUGUGGCGCAGCUUCUCGCCUGCAUGGAUGACCUGAAUGCCAAUGUUAGCUGUCAUGUGCUGGUGAUCGGAGCGACUAAUCGGGCAGACUCCCUGGACCCGGCGUUACGGCGGGCGGGCCGGUUUGAUCGAGAAAUUGCUUUGGGAAUCCCUGAUGAGGAGGCAAGACUCAGGAUUCUGCAGGUGUUGUGUCGGGGUCUAAGGCUGCAUGAGGACUUUGCAUUCCAACCCCUCGCCCACUCAACCCCAGGUUAUGUUGGGGCAGAUUUGAUGGCUCUAACUCGCGAGGCGGCCAUCUCUGCUGUAAACAGGGUUUUCCAGAUGCUCCAAAAAGAUAAAAUCAAUGUUACAGAGAAUAUAACCAAUGCAACAGAUGAUAAUACCAAUAUAACAGAAGACAUCACCAAUAUAACAGAUGCAUCUCCUCCUGCUGAAGUGUUUGUUACAAAUAAUUCACCUUCUGGUGCUGACAGUGUCCCUGCUGCACAUGUUGAUGCUUCCUGUGGUGGUAAACAAAUAGCAAUAGAUGCAAACCUUACCAGCAUGAAGUUUGCUAAAGCAGUAAGUGGAUAUGCAUUAGUAAGCGUUAAAGAAGCUCCUGUAGGUUCUUCUUUAGAGGUUAGUGACAAAACUGAAAACAACAGUCAUUCUGAUAAGGAAAAUGAGCCUGCUAUUGAUAAACCUGACAUGGAGACAUUAAAUGAAUGUUCAAUAAAAAGUUUUACUGAAAACAUGGAAACCAGUGAUACACAUGAAGUGCCAGCUGAUGUAGAAGCAAUUAAAGAUAAAAAGAGUGUAACUGAUAAAAUUCUUUUGAACCCUGUUUUGACAAAUGUGAAUGGUCAGAAAUUUGGAUCUUGUGAAAAUAAAAGUAGUGAUUCCUCAAUUUUACCAUGUACAGAAGGUGAGCCCAAAGUAUCAGGUGGAACUGACAAUGAUACAUUAGUAAGUAAAGCUGUAGCAGGUAGUAUAGUUGACACUGAUAUGGAAGUUGACAAUGGAGAAGUUGUGGGUGACAGUGUAAACACUCCAGCUGACAUGGUUAAUACCAGCAUUGUGAUUACAUCCAACAGGACUGUGGACAAAGUGCUGGUCAAUGUAGGCAAAGACUAUCUUUCAGCUCUGUCAUGGCUGAAGGACACGCCCCCACUGACAGAGGACCAGCUAAAGGAUCUGUACAUCACCAUGGCAGACUUCCAGGAAGCAUUGAAGUGUGUGCAGCCGUCAGCCAAGCGUGAGGGUUUUGCAACUGUGCCUGAUGUCACAUGGGACGACAUUGGUGCUCUCAAGGAUGUACGGGAAGAACUUCAGCUAGCUAUACUGGCACCUGUGCAGCACCCGGAGCAGUUCAGGAGUUUGGGCCUAAACAGAGCCCAAGGUGUCCUCCUUGCGGGGCCUCCGGGCUGCGGGAAAACACUCCUGGCUAAGGCAAUUGCAAAUGAAACGGGGAUCAACUUCAUCUCAGUGAAGGGCCCAGAGCUUCUUAAUAUGUACGUUGGAGAGAGUGAGAGAGCAGUGAGAACUGUUUUCCAGAGGGCCCGCAACUCCUCUCCAUGUGUGAUAUUCUUCGAUGAGUUAGAUGCCCUUUGUCCAAAACGUUCUGGCCACUCUGAGGGCAACUCAAGUGCGCGUGUAGUGAAUCAGCUGUUGACUGAAAUGGACGGUCUGGAGGAGCGACGUCAGGUCUUCAUUAUGGCCGCCACAAACAGGCCUGAUAUCAUAGACCCGGCAGUGUUACGUCCUGGGAGACUGGACAAGACACUGUAUGUGGGCCUCCCAACCGAGGCGGACCGUCUGGACAUUCUCACCUGUAUCACCAAGAAUGGGACACGGCCUACCCUGGAUCCGGAUGUCGAACUAGCUGUACUCUCGGGUGACUCUCGCUGUCAAUGCUUGACAGGGGCUGAUCUGGCUGCGUUGGUCCGUGAGGCCUCAGUGUUUGCCCUGAAGGCUGCCAUCUUGAAACAUGGGGCACAACCCAGUGACACCAUCCUGGUUAAUAAGCAACACUUUGAGUUAGCCUUCCGUAAAAUAAGGCCAUCAGUAUCAGCAAAGGACCUGGAGCGGUACAGAUCAAUGGGUCACUCUCUUUCUACUGGGCCUGCUGAGUAGCGAUGGAAAACACAAGUACAGUGUGUCUAUAUCCAGGAGGCUGGCUGAGUAUGGUUGGAACAACCAGUUCAUCCAGUAAACUAGCUAGUGACAAUGGAAGAACAUAGAACCAGUCCAUCGCGACGCCUUGCUGAGACACUAUGGAAGAACAUACGACCAGUCCAUCCAGAAGGCUGGAAGAACACGUGAUCAGCCCUUGCCUGAAUUUGUUUGUUGUUUAUUUGUUAAUUCUCUGUCAUCACUGAUCAUGGUUUGAGAUGUAUGAAAUAAAAAGAGGGAAAAGAAA